AUGGAGAGGGGACACGGCGACGCAGCCACAUGCGGUGCCACAGGGACAGAGACAGAACAACAUCUGAUGGCACCCAAUGGGCCCCUUGUCUUUGCUGGCUCAAGCCCAGCCAACGUGGGCUUUGCCUGCACCUUCUGGACCUCAGCUGUGCUGCCACCACCGCUCGAGUCCUGUCUAGGCCCUGCCACCCUGGAACGUGAGGGGACCCUGCCUGGUGAGGAGACCUUGCCCUCUGAGGAGACCCUGCCUGAAAGUGAGAAAAACAGUGAGAAAGAGACACUCUUGAAAGCUCAAAGCAUGGAGAAAACUAAAGUAAAAGAAAAAUAUCUUCAGCAGGCCAGGAGAAGAGAAGAAGUACUAGCUCUCCAGAGGAAACAGAGAGAAGAAAGGAUUGCAAAAGAGCUGAUGUCUCACUCACAUAAACCAAAGAUCAAAACUGAUCAAGUAAGGUAA